AGGAAACAGACGGAGGAGCACAAAGCGUAAAGAAAAAAAAGAAGGUGAACAACUCCCAUCGCUUGCUUGCUUGCCCCCCUCCCCUCACUAUUUCCCCCUUUGCUGGAUGCCGCCCCCCUCAAUCUCCACCUGGUAGUUAGUUGACACCCGCAUCUGCUGGACGGCACUUGCUUCAGUUUCAUCUGGAUCAUCUCAACUAGGCCGGAUGAGUGCGAGGCGGACCAGGAAGAAGCUGAGCAUCUCCAUCCAAGAGCACAUGGCUAUUGAUGUGUGCCCGGGCCCCAUCCGACCCAUCCGCCAAAUCUCUGACUACUUCCCCCACCGUUCGUCCACCUCCCCUACACCCCCGCCAGGCCUCGGCCCAUCCGGGACGGGGUACGGCCAUGGUGGCGGUGACGCCGAAGCCUCAGUGGACGCCACUGGCUCGGACAGCGACGACUGCACAGCAUUGGGAACUCUGCAGUUUGAGCUGAUGUACGAGCAGGCGACCAGUCAGCUGCACUGCACUGUGAUCAGAGCCAAGGGCCUGAAGCCGAUGGACUUCAACGGCUUGGCGGACCCGUACGUCAAAGUUCAUCUGCUGCCCGGCGCAUGCAAGGCCAAUAAACUGAAAACAAAGACCAUCCGCAACUCUCUGAACCCCGUGUGGAACGAGACGCUGACCUACGAGGGAAUCACGCCGCAAGACAUGAAGAGGAAGAUGCUCAGGCUGACAGUGUGCGACGAAGACAAGCUGACUCACAACGAGUUGAUUGGCGAGUCACGGGUUUCUCUCAAAAGAGUCAAAGCGGACCACAACAACCAUUUCCACACGUGCCUGGAACAUCCUCCGCCGCUGCCGUCUCCGAGCACCAUGGGUGAAGCUCUGCGAGGGAUCUCCUGCUACUUGCGAGAGUGGGAGAACGAGCAGCUGCACAGUUUGGAGGAACGAGGUCGCCUUCUCCUUUCGCUACAAUUCUUGCCUCCGCCCGAUGACGAGCCGGAUGACAGCGGCGGCGGCGAGGGUCUCUGCGUGGGCGUGAAGCGCUGUGCUCACCUGGCAGCCAUGGACGUCAACGGCUUCUCCGACCCCUACGUCAAAAUAUACCUGAAGCCUGACAUCCACAAGAAAUCCAAACACAAAACUGCCGUGAUGAAGAGGACACUCAACCCCGAAUUUAACGAGGAGUUCUUUUACGAGAUGUCAUUGUCAGAGCUGGCCAACAAGACCCUGGAGGUGACGGUGUGGGACUACGACUUGGGACGCUCCAAUGACUUCAUAGGCGGCGUGUGUCUGGGUGCUCACUCCCUGGGCGACGCUCAUCGCCACUGGACCGACUGCCUGAAGAACAAAGGCCAACAGGUGGAGCGCUGGCAUUUUUCAUAGAACCACAACAAUAUGAACCAGUUUAUCAAGGCAGAAGCAGAAAGAGGCAAGCAAAAGGAUAGUUGGUAUUUUGAGGCUGACGGCAUUGAUCGAGCGACCUUUUUACUGACCGCACCCAUGAUUUUGGGUGACAGAGACUUUCCCUGCUUUGUUUUCUAGCUACAGUUACAUAUUGAAU